GGAAAAAUGCAUGUAGCCGUUUGAAACGGAAAUCUGAACGAAGAGGAAAGGAUGAGUCGAGAAUAUACUCAUCGUGAGCAUGUGCUAAUGCAUUGUGACGUCAAGGCGCAAUAUAUCUCGUGCACCAAACACCAUUAGCAUAAGCAUGUGACUGGUGUGGAAGCGAUCGACUGUUCGCACCGCGUCCGAACAGUCACGUGCAAGCCGUGUGCCACGAAAAAUAGCAUAGUCUAGCUUAAGGCGAAGAGCGGUGAAGUACGCCGUGCAAAUUGACGUACUCGGCGGGGAUGUCAAAGUCGCGAAUCGAUUACCCGUGGAGAGUGCCAUCACGAAGAAGAAAACGCGUCGCGACCAGUGAAUGUUCGAGAGUGAUCGGACGAUCGUUCCGGCGCCGCGUCUUACCCGGCCUAAUUAAAAAUUCCUUUGUGAUAUGAGAUUGUUAUUAGCGAGAUAAAUUAAGAACUCCUCCUGAAUAAUGCGUGACACAUCAGAUAUCGCGCGAGAUUAAAUCAAUUGCUUCGUAGAGCAAAAGAUCGAUGGAUGAUAAGUGACUUUCAAUUAACAAGUGAAAAUGCUACCUCAUUUAUAAUCAAGGCAAGAGUGAAACACAUCGGUUCAUAUGUUACCGCUCGAAUUUCAUUAGGCGUCAAAAGAAUUUGUUUUGGACAUGCGUUGGAUGAAGAUAACAUGAGGUUCUCGUGCUUCCCGAGGGCCAAUAUCCUCGGGAAGAGGGGUAGCAUUAAUCUCACCCCUCUUCCGGGUAACGACGAGUCCAACAGCAUCGCUAACUUAAACGUAAAUGGAAGCGCAAGGAAUGCGAUUAUCACCAGCUACAAGCAAUCCGGUGAACCAGAUCUGACACAUGGUGUUAUACGCCCCUUGCCCGGUACAGCGAUUCAAAAUGGCAUCGGUCCACCGUCGUCCACAUCUCCGAAAUCCAGGGCACCUCCACCGCCUCAAGAUAAUUACGUUAACAAUCUCCACGUACAUCAAGAACAACCCGAACUAGAAGAUGCAGCAACAACGGAAAGCGAUGAAGGGUACGUGAGCAAUCCAAGGGGUGGCGUCAUCGGAAGGACACCAACGCCACCCUCAGCACCUACUCCCGUAUACGAGAAGGAUGCCAGGAGCGCGAGGCAGAUCAAACGGGCCAUUCUCGAAAAUGAAUUUCUGGGUAAUCUGGAGGAGAAUCAGGUGGAGGCUCUCGUUUCCGCCAUGUAUCCCAAACAAAUUCCCGUUAGUACUCUAGUCAUCCGAGAAGGUGACAUAGGUUCACAUUUAUAUGUAUCGGCGGAUGGAGAGUUCGAUAUUUACGAGGGUAACAAGUUCCAAAGGAGCUUUGGACCUGGAGUUGCAUUCGGGGAGAUCGCCCUGUUGUACAACACGAAGAGACUCCGAUCUAUCAGCGUGAAGAAAGGUGGAAAAGUAUGGGUGCUCGACAGAUCAGUAUUUCUCACUGUAAUGAUGAGGACGGCUCAGGAACAUCUGGAAGGCAAUAUUCGCUUCCUCAGGCGUGUUUCUGUUCUUCAAAAGCUGCCCGAGCCAAAAGACCACGUCCUUGCGAAGAUAUCCGACCUGUUAAGAGUGGAAUUCUUCCCAGCUGGCGCUAGAAUAGUACGGCAGGGCGAGAAAGGCGACAAAUUUUACAUAAUCAGCGGCGGCAACGUGCGCAUCACGAAGGACACCGAGUACGGAGGUGAAGAGGAACUGGUAGUCCUCGGCAAAGGAAGAUAUUUCGGUGAAAAGGCUCUCUUCGAUGACGAGGGAGAGAAUCGUCGGCACGCGAACGCAAUUGCACUUGCGCCUGGUGUCGAAUGUUUGACAUUAGACACAUCGUCGUUUCUUAACUAUCUGGGCAGCCUGGAUGAAAUUCGCAACAAGGACUGGCUGGCGGAGUACGAAAAGCAGAAGCGUUCGUUGACUCCGAAGAAGUGGACCAACGAGUACGCGAACUUGACUUUGGCCGAUCUCGAGACGAGAGGAACUUUGGGAGUGGGUGGCUUCGGCCGAGUCGAGCUGGUCACUCUGAGAUCCGACCCCGAGAAGAGCUUCGCACUGAAAAAGCUCAAGAAAAAGGCUAUGGUUGAACAACAGCAGCAGGAGCACGUGCUGAACGAGAAGCACAUUAUGCAAGCGUGUGAUUCAGCAUUUGUAUGCAAACUUUAUCAGACUUACAAGGACAACAAGUACGUCUACUUUUUGAUGGAAGUGUGCCUCGGCGGAGACGUAUGGACGACUCUUCAGAGGAGGAGACACUUCGACGAUGUUACCGCACAAUUCAUGGUCGGUUGCGUGGUGGAAGCGCUCGAUCAUCUUCACUCGCUAAACAUCGUCUAUCGAGAUCUUAAACCUGAGAAUCUUAUGCUCGACGCACGUGGCUAUUUGAAGCUUGUGGAUUUUGGCUUCAGCAAAAAGAUCGGACCUGCCAAAACAUGGACCUUCGCCGGUACGCCCGAAUACGUCGCGCCAGAAAUUAUUCUGAAUAAAGGGCAUGAUAGGGCGGUGGAUUAUUGGGCCCUCGGCAUCCUAACACACGAAUUGCUUGUCGGCAAACCACCUUUCCGAGGAUCCGACCAUAUGACUACCUACAAUAAAAUUCUAAAAGGCAUCGAGAUGGUCGGUGUACCGAGCAUCGUCAACAAGAAUGCCAGUAAUCUCAUUAAGAAAUUACUUCGUUUGAGUCCUUCGGAACGACUUGGUUACCAGAGAAAUGGAAUACAGGACAUUCGCGAUCACAAAUGGUUUUCCAAUUUUAACUGGCAAGCUCUUCAAAGAUUAGCUCUACCAGCUCCCAUUGUACCCACGGUGCGGAAUCAACUCGACACGCGGAACUUUGAGAGAUAUCCGCCAGAUCGCGACAUACCACCCGACGAAUUUACCGGUUGGGACACCGACUUCUGAAGAUGAAUCAUGGACGCAAGGGACUUCCUUUUUACGACAUCUGAAUGAUAGUUAUAAGAACAAUGCGAUCUUGAAGCAAUUGUUAUUAAGAAAUAUGUUUGCUAACUAUCUAGGAUUUUUAUAAGAAAACCGUCGUUUUAUUAACCAAAAAUAUAAAAAUGGCAAAAUUACUAAAUAACAAUUGCACCGAUACAAUUUGGAGAUAUAAGAAUGAAUAGAUUUAAUUAUACGCAUGAGUUUAAUUAAGACGUUUGAUAACAACUCGUGAUUACUAAUUAUCUCGCAAGAAAUUCUCGCUUAUGACUGGCUUUGAUUAUAAAACUCUUAUAUUAUUCUUCUUCUGCAAAAUCGUCUUGAAAAUAGCAUAAUCGAGAAUUAUUAUUACUGUUAUUAUUCGAGGUGGUUCCGCUUCCUUCCGUUAAUAAGCGAUACGCUAACUUUCUCAUGCAAUCGACUGGACUUUUAAUAGCCACGACUAACUCGUAAGAUAUAAUUUGUUAAGAUAUGAGAAAUUAUUAUUUCUUUAUAAGCAAUCACUGAGAUUCUCCGGUGUACCUUAAUUAAAGGUGAACAUACGUACUUCUUCUAACGCAAUAUUCCAUCGUCUUUGUACGGAAAAACCGAUUUUACGAUAUUACAUCCUGUAUUAUAUCUCUUCCGAUUGUAAAAGAAAUCUUAAGCCAUCGUAAUCCAGGCUUAAUUCCUCACUACAACGGUUUUAUUGCACGAAGUUUCGAUAUACAUACAUAUGGUUAAAUAAGAGAGUAACGUCACGCAUUUUCAAAUAAAUAAUUUUA